AUGGGCUUCACCAACCUACCCUCUAUCCUCCGGAAAGCAUGUCCACUAGGUGCUUCCAUCACCGUCCUUGUGACAAUAGUAACUUGCGUUAUUAUUGUCAAAGUAAACGACAUUUGGGUCAGCGGUCUUGCAUGGCCGUUUCUCUCGGAUAUGGGGCGAGACUCUCCGGCUUACUACGUUUUCUGCACAGGGCUCACGCUCGUCGCUGUGCUGCUAGUGGUCACUUGGACGUGCAACUGGCACUACCACCUGGCGGCACUGCCGCAGGAUGCCACCAUCCUUCGCACAAUUUCUCUCGCCAGUUUCGUUGCUGGCGUCAUGGCAAAUCCUGGUCUUCCUAUUUUGGCUUUUUUCGACACGUCGAAAUACUCUGAUCUCCACUCUGUGGGUGCCGAGUGGUUUUUCUACAUUGAGACGAUUGCGGUUUUUCUGAAUACCGUCGUCAGCUACAAGUUGUACAAGAUGCUGACAGGUUUGCAAACAGAUCUGGAAAACGUGUGUUCCACCGCGGGAGCCAAACUUCGAAGGAGAAAAAAGACACUAUUGAUUCAAGUGGUCUUUUUCAUGCUAUUUUUCGUGGCAUUCCUCAUCUACAUGCCGAUUGGAAUAGCAUUGGCUCCACAGUCACAUCGCCUCUCAAUCGACGAUUGCAUUGACAAGGGUCUAGGAGAGACGUAUUGUGCGAUAACAAUGCGUCUCAAUUCGACAUCAACUACGCUUUAUAACAAUGAAAAGAAUUAUGGCAUGAGUCAAAUGCGAGCUGCAGCUCAGCUAGCCUGUAUCCUAACACUCGUAGGAUACUCGACUUCUUUUAUCACUAACGACUACGAUGACUUGGAAAGACAGAGUUUGCUCAGUCCGGACUCCAAAGUUGUCGACCUAGAUUAG